AUGGCCAAAGCUUAUUCCCUGUUGUUUCAAGAAGAAAGACAGCGAUCCUUACAAGGAUCCCGUUCUAUUCCCCUUGAUCAGGUUGCGUUGGCUGCUCAGCCUUCGUCUUCCCGAAACGAUUCCAAAGGCCAUGCUUGCAUGAAAGAUCAUUGCAACUAUUGCAACAUGGAAGGGCAUUCAGACUCCAGGUGCUUGAAGCAACAUGGUUAUCCACCCAAUUGGAUGCCUCGUAACAGCGACACUGCCAAGACCAAGUCUUGCAACAAUUCUAGUUCUUCCAAUGGUGCUGCUGCUGCCUGUUACCCUGCUGCCCAUGCCACACAGUCCGGCGACCUUGCUGCCAAUCAUUCUCUGUUUGUCCUUCAACAACAAUCGGCUUCCAUCUUCAUUCUUGUGUACGUCAAUGACAUCAUCAUCAUUGGUUCAGAUGACACCUUACUCCAGGAUAUCAAGACUCGCAUUUGUUCUCAGUUCCAGACUAAAGAUAUUGGCCCCCUGAAAUAUUUUCUUGGCAUAGAGGUUACUCGUUCCCAAAAGGGCCUUUACCUUUGCCAACGGAAAUACACUCUUGAUAUACUCAGUGAUAGUGGACUCAUUGGCACUUGA